AUGCCAGGCGCAAAGAAAGGACCCGCGGCCGUGGCCGGACCACGCAGAGAUGUGCUGGCCUCGCUGCGCAUGGCAUCAAUGGAGGAUAUCUCCAGAGCGGCUCUCCCAGCAGAGAUCGUAUCCUCGAUCCUCGACCACGUCAGCCCCGUUGAUCUGAUCCGAGCAGCACGGUCAUGCAAGCUUAUGCACGAGAUGGCGUACGAUGACACGCGAUGGGUACACCGGUUGAAAAGGAUUGGAUGCUGGGACGAAGCAGAUGCGAGAAAGCACGCCGAAGUGCUCUUUGGAACGGUCGCCAACAUGGAAGCUGUCGAACAGCAAGAGGAGGCGGAAAUAGGCGAUGGGUCGGUCCCAGCUGUCACUAUCGGCGACGACCCUUCCAACGAACUGAACAAAAUGUCCGAUGGAUUUGAUAAGAUUGAGUUGGUGAAUACAUCAGCGCAGUCUAAUAUGCUGGACGAUCUCAACAGCGAUCCUAGCUUGGUGGGCCUGAAACAGGUCAGAUCAAUCCGGGGCGAGGCUCGUCAGGAAUACGGCAAGCUCCAUGCGGCACUGGCACCUUUCUACGAGGACAUUGCGCGGAACGGACCUUCGGCCGAGAAUCUCGUGUUCACCAAAUACCAGGAUCCUCAGGCCCAAGCCCAGCUAUUGGCUCAGUUGCUUUCGUUCGCGAAAUCAGAUAUAGAGCAAGGAUGGGAGCAGCGACUAGAACACCUACAGGGUACCGUCUCUCUGUUUGAAACUGCUGCAUUGAAGGAGUUCCGCGAAGGAUACGAAUCCGAAGAUGUUGAUGGGACAAUGCGAAAAUAUGCCCAUAUUCUAUGGACGCUCAACGGUGGACAAUCUGCCGUCGAUAUCUUCAUCCACCACAAUCACAUCAUGACACGGAAAUCCGAACUAGGGAAUGUUGCUGAUUGUAUCGAUGGACAGGCUGGUACAGUCAAGAUGGAACAGACCCAGGCAUUCUUCACACGUUUCAGUGUCGCUUUCAACGAUGAGAUUUCCAUCAUGAACCGUGUGUUCCCUUCCAACCUAGAUAUUUCAUCUGCCUUUAUGGAAAAAGUCGGACAAGAUGUGCUGUCUCCUUUCCUCACAGCAAUAUUCGACGAGCUGCAUCGUUCCAGCAUUGGAUCAUAUCUCACUGCAAUCUCAGCGACUUUUGUGCAAUGCAUGAACCUAUCGGAAGCUUUGCUUCCCACAAAAACCUCCGAUGCCAAAUUUGACGAGUAUCUUGACAACGUCGUCAUCAAAAUCUACGAGCCACACAUUGACUUAUACUUGGCAGAGGAGCUGGAUCAUUUCAAGAAAACAUGCGAAGCCACCGUAAGGGACUGGGACCGGCAGCUUUCUGAGCAAGCAGCGUCCACCGAGUCUUUCUUGAUGUCCAACGUCAACCGUCAAGCCGACAAACGGGAUUUCCUGACAUCAUUCAAAAAGGUUAUCAUGAUGCCUGUAAAUAUCCUCCCGAGCUUUUCAAGCACGAAAACAGAGGAAGCCAAGCCGGAGACGGAAUUCAGCAGUGACAAUCCGUUCCAAGCACCCAAGAGUCCCAAUCGUUUCUCCACGAUAUCUUCACCUGCCCCUGUGGCCGUUGAAGAGGUUCCAACCACAGAGCUGGCAGCAAAGGCGGCCAUCAUGAAAGUGAAGAUGGAGGGUAUCCGAUCAUUGUUCAGCAUUGAGAUUGCUCUUGGAUUAGUCCAUGCCGCCAAGGCCAGCCUGGAAAGAGCCGCUCAGUUUGUACGAUUGGGUGGCGAGCUUGCUCUCGCAGCAAAACAACAGUGUGAGGCAAUCUUUGUGACCAUGCUUCGCAUUUUGGGACACCAGCACGUAAUUGUUGGCUUCGACAAAGCCGUCAGCCACCUCUCCAACUACCGACCACGCGAACAAGGGGAACGUGACCAAUCUGGCGUCGAACCACUAGUCACAUUUUUGGAACUGGUCAACGUUGGCGAUCUGAUCCUUCAGAUGAUGGACGUCUUCUACGAACAGGAGUUGAUCGGCACAAGAUUGACCGAUCGAAAUGAUUUCUUGGACCCAGCAAACAAGGAGAAGAAGAAAUUCGAACAGAUGCUCGACGAGCGCGUCGCCGCUGGCUUGAACAAGGGAAUUGACGUUCUCAUGGAAGAGGUGGAUUACAUUCUAGCAACACGCCAGCUAGCCACCGACUUCAACCCAGGCGUCUCUUCAGACCCACACCGCCAGACCAUGGAUGUCGGCGUCAGUGAAGUCGCCACCGCCGUGGUCGAUGUAGUUUCCUCGCACACACAGAUGCUAGUAGGAAGCACAGAUAAGAGUACACUGGACGUCUUCAACCAGGAGGUCGGUCUUCGUCUCUUCACUGCCCUCUGCAAACACCUCAAGCGCCAGCGCGUGAGUGUAGAGGGUUCACUCAAGUUGAUCAGUGACAUGAACCACUACUUCAAGUACAUCCAGACCCUGCGCAACACCGAGCUUCUCCUGUACUUCACGGCAUUCCGUGAACUUGUGCAGAUAUACCUGGUUGACCCAUCUGACGCCAAAGAGCUGGCGAAUCUCAUCGCCGAUGCGGAUCGGUUCCAUGGGAUCUGGCGUGUGGAAGAGGUGAUUGAAUUUGCGGAGCGCCGGGCUGACUGGUAUCAGGUCAAGCGUGAUGUUGAACGAGCUAUGUAUGGCAUUGGGUGCAAUGUCAUGUAA